UUCUUGUACUAGAUAACAAAUUUUGUUAAUUCUUGAGAAAGAGGUUAGAUUUAUGCCGAUAAAACACGAUGGCCAUGGAGUUUUUAGUAAAUCGGCUGAAAGCCCUCGUAGUAUUAAUCUUAGGUAUACUCAGGCAAGCAAUGUGCUGCCUACGACGUCGACGUAGAUCAUCCUGCGACUCGAUUCCUUUGUCAGCGGUCGGUGUGGUACCCAACACGGCAAAUAACACAACAGAAUCAGAGCAGUGGGAUCAAUGGGUGGAAAAUCCUGUUGUUGUCGUGCCAGACAGGCCAGUUAAUACAAUACAAGCUAAGAUUGAACAGUACAGACAGCAUGUGUCUAAGCCAGAUGACUCAACCGAAGAAGUGCUACCAAAUUUCUUUGAGGACAUGACACCACAAAUCACUAGGCAGACAAAGAUUCUGGUGAAAGAUAAAAAUUCAGAGAACGCUUCGCGAAAUUCUUCAAAGUUUGCAGUAGUCAGUGACCCCAUACCAUCUAAUGAACUCGGAGAAUGGGAGGACAACGCUGUUGGUUGGGAAGAAGAAACAUCAAAGGAGUUUGGAGAUCCCACGAAAACACUGCGAGAACAAAAGAGACGGGAACGGGAACAACGACUGUUCGAGCAGCAACAGAAGAGAAUUGAACGCAACUCAAGACCACAACCCUUAGGAGCGAAGUUAACGUCUUGAUAAGGAAGAACGUGCUCACAGUAUUUUUUUAUUGGAAAUCAUAAUUUACCAUCUGUUGGCGUCCAUGCACAGGAAUUUUUUUAAAUUACAUGGAACGCCACUUAGCGCCACGAAAUUAACGGGUGUUACAAUUUAUAUUGUCGGUAAUUGUUGCGGGUUCUUGUAAAUUUUAUUCAAUCGCCGUCGUGCAUAACAAGCAUAACACGAGGGUAUUUUAUUUAAAUGAUUGAAAUUUAUAUUUCAAUUUAUUUGUUAAUUAUUAAUACACCGCAUAUAAUGAAUUUAAGUUAUUACUUCUAUUUGACCUGUAAACACCGUGGUGGUAUUUAACAGAUUGAAAAGCAACGGCCCGUUGACAUUCAACAACGUUGCAUUUAAUAUAAUACAAACAGUAAGGACCGGCUUAUUUAUACAGUGCGCAGUCUUUAAACGAACUAUACUGUGAAAGGACAGUGUCAUUUUACCUUAAAGAUGUUUUUUACAUCCGAAAACAUUCCAUGUAAAUAACCCUAUAGUGCUAU